AUGUGCUGAAUGUAUGCCCAUGCAAUACUACUGUAGUGAUUGUGAUGUAAUUUACCACGAGUCCAAAGCACUACACAAUCGGACAUCCAGGAUCAAUGGCUUCCACAUGCCUCUUCCCCCAACAGUUGUGGUGAUGAGCGAUGCAGAGGGCAAUUAUUCACAUCUAACAUGCGUUAGAAUAUUACCAAUGGAAUUACCACAGCAAAUCUGUAGUUGUCCUGCAGAGAGGGCGACUGUAAUCCCUGGUCGGUCUGUGGUGUUUGUCAACAUGAAAGGGCGGUAUGAUCUGUCCCUUCCAGAGCUGCACUAUGGAGGCUGCUCUGCAAGCUGGACACCAGCAUUACAUGAUGUUCAGAUAAGUGGUUACUGGCCUGCUUCUGUUCAUUUCUGCACACUAUUUGAUGUGGCAGUUUUUCGUGGCUUCAAGGAAAUGAAGUUGGCAGCACCAAGUAAUUCUCGCCUGACUUAUAUAAGAAUGCUAGAAGCUCAAACAAGAGAAAGUGGCAGGACUGGUAAAGUGUGCUCUGACACUUUCUACAAGAGCUUCAUGGAGUGGGUGAUUGUCUCUGACAUGGUGGACAGGUUGUGUUUGGAGGAGCCAUUUACCUGUCCAGCCUGUACUCCACAAAUGUUAGCUGUGUCUGUGGAUGGAAACCGGAAGCUUUACCGCUUCAGAAAGGAUGGACACUCUGAUGGAAAGGGUUACUUUGAAGGUGUGCUUCUCUGUCGAGAUGAUGAGGUAGCAGCGUUUGUGGAAGACAUACAAAAGAGGGCAAAGCAUGUACCAGGAAAAGGGGUCUGUGGCAAAUCUCUACUGAAAGCAGCCAAAGAGACCUCAAACCAGAGAAAUAGCUCCAACCUUGAUGAGCAGAAGUAUUUGAUAUGA